AAACCGAAAGAUAAAAAAUUGAUGAAGCUCGCGCGCAAAGAUAUGAUCUUUUUUUACCGCCAGAGUUUGGUGUGAAACAUCCAUAAGUUCGACCGUUCAAUUUAAAAUCAUGGUCAAGUUGUGAGAUUUUUUAGGUUUUUGUUUUUGCUACGAGGGUUUUAAUGUAAAACCCCUUCUAUGGCCGCCUCAGUUGCCUACACUCUUCGAGAAUGGUGACCCUCGUCCAACUUUCUCUCUUCGCUCUUCAUUUCCGACCCCAAAGCCCUAAUACCCUUUUGGAGCAAUUUCCCCUCUGUAAAUUAUUCACCUCAAUCAUUUGGUCAGCAGCAGCGGUCUUCUUGCAUUUUUGGGAAGCUGUUUGUUUUGGAGCGCGGGACCUUACUUCAUCAUGUUCUCUUUCUUCUUGAACCAGAUCCAAAAAAUUGCUUUUUGUGCUCACCCAUAUAAGAGGAUUGGAGAAAAGGGUGGAGAAUAGGUUGAUACGCUCUUGUAAUGGCCAUGGACGAGGCAAGCGGCAGCUACUCGUGGAGCUGGGAGGAGGAGAAGGCGUUUGAGAAUGCUUUGGCUGUUUAUGCAGAAGAUGGGGAUGUUCGGUGGGAGAAAAUUGCAGUAGAUGUGCCGAUGAAGACUUUAGAGGAGAUUAUGCAUCAUUACCAGCUUUUGGAAGAGGACGUUGGUGCUAUUGAGUCGGGUUUGAUUCCUUUACCUUGCUAUCCUUCUUCAAAAACUACUAUUGAAUCAGCCAAUGAUGGAGUGUGUAGUAAAAAGAGCGGGCAGGGAAAUGGUCAUGAGUGCAGCAAAGGAACGAGGUUGGAGCAGGAGAGGAGGAAGGGUAUAGCAUGGACUGAGGAGGAGCACCGGCUAUUUCUUCUGGGACUUGAAAAAUAUGGCAAAGGUGAUUGGCGGAGCAUUUCACGAAACUUUGUGGUGACAAGAACACCUACGCAAGUGGCAAGCCAUGCGCAGAAGUUCUUUAUCCGUUUGAACUCCGGCAACAAAGACCGGAGGCGAUCCAGCAUCCAUGACAUCACCACUGUUGGUCAUGGAGAUGCUCCAGCGACGCCUCAAAUGAAUGCAACAAUGUCGCCGGCCGGGAAUUCAGGCAACCAGUCAUCAGACCAAUCGGCUGAACCUCCUAGUGUUGGCGUUUAUGGCACUGCUAUUGGACUUCCAGUGAUUAGUGGCGUUGUUACAACUAUAGGCACUCCUGUAACUCUACCAGUUCCUGUAGUUUCAGAGGAUCCUGUCAACUUUCCACUUCGAUCUCGCUCUACUCGUAAAUCUGCCCAUAGAUGAGUGUGUACAUAAUGGAUGUUUCUAUUUGAGUUCUGAUUAUUUCCUUAUAACAUAAUAAAAUGGCUGUUUGCGUGCUUCUGUAAUCUUUUCACUUGUCCAGUAUUUUACCAACUUGAUAGCUGCUAAAGAAGCCACAUAUAAGAUUCAUGUUGUUUCUGAUA